AUUCCGUGCAUGAUGGGACCCUGUAACGGGACGCUGUCCCCACAGCCAUCGACCCCUCAGUUUUCCCUGGGUGUGUUGGUGCUCCUGGCUCUGCUCAUGGUGCUGCUGGCUCUGGUCACGAUCCUCGGAAAUGUCCUGGUGAUCCUGGCUUUCAUCUUGGACAGAAAUCUCAGGCAUCGGAGUAACUAUUUCUUUCUCAACCUUGCCAUUUCUGACUUUGCAGUGGGUGCAUUUUGCAUCCCUCUCUACAUCCCCUAUGCCCUGACAGGGAUCUGGCACUUUGGAAGAGGCAUCUGUAAGCUCUGGCUCCUUAUGGACUAUCUCAUGUGUUCAGCUUCAGUAUUUAACAUUGUUAUAAUUAGUUAUGACCGUUUCCUCUCAGUUACUAAAGCUGUAUCUUACAGAGCCCAGCAGGGAAUGAUGUCCAACCCUGUUGUCAAGAUGGUGGCCAUCUGGAUUCUUGCCUUCCUGCUCUACUCUCCGGCAGUUCUCCUUUGGGAGCACGUGUCUGGCUGCAGCGUGGUAGAGGAAGGGCAUUGCUAUGCCGAGUUCUUCAACAACUGGUACUUCCUCCUGUGUGCAUCCACCCUGGAGUUCUUUGUGCCCCUGAUCUCUGUUACCUACUUCAACGUGAGCAUCUUCCACAACAUCCAGAGACGCCAGCGGCGCGGCAGCGUUCAAUACUGUGAGUCUCCAGGGAGCAGCAGUGUGUCCUGGAGGUUUUGUUUUUUGCUGAAGCGAGGAUCCUCUUUGUCAGAAAUGGAGGACAGUGCUUCUUCCUCCAUGAAAACAAAGAAAGAGUCUUUGGUAACUGAAAGCUCAUCUCCAUCCAGAGCCAACUCUGUGACCCCAGAAAAUGAUUUUUCUGUUUGUGCAAGGGCCAGGUCAAAACUGCAUCAUGACAAGAAGAUUGCAAAGUCACUUGCUGUAAUUGUGUGUGUCUUUGCCAUUUGCUGGGCCCCAUAUACUUUACUAAUGAUUAUUCGUGGAGCCUGCCAAGGAAAAUGUGUCCAUCCAAUUCUAUAUCAAAUUACCUUUUGGCUUUUGUGGAUCAAUUCCUCUCUGAACCCAUUCCUCUACCCUCUCUGUCAUGAUAAAUUUCGAAUGGCUUUUAUGAAAAUAUUAUGUCCCAAAAAGUUUGCAAUAUUGAGAUCAGGCUCUUGUUAG